CGUGAGUGCAGACGGCAAAAUCAGGCGAAAGUGUUUCAAUGUUCACGUACCGGUCCUUGAGCGAAUGAAAAUUUAAGCUAAUGUUAGGUCAUGCUCGAGCAAUGUGUAACGUGGGAAAUACACUCUUAAAAGUUAAAUAAGAAGGUGGUAACGAGAGAUUACAAGGCUUUUCAUGUGAUUUGUUUUGUGCAAUUAACGUGCCUGUGACGAAAUUAGUGGGGACAGCCUGGACGUGUGCAGCUAGUCUAUGCGAAUGAGAGUAAAGCUGAAGAAUGUUCUCAUUGUGACAAGCGUCCUCUGUUUCACACCUCUGCUUUGGCUCUCACUUUUUGCCCAAAAUGAGCACAACCAAUAUGAGGAGCUGCUAGAAAAGCGCUUCGCUGACCUGAGGGAUAGGCUUCAAUAUGCCGAAUCUUUGAACAGGCAGCGAGAAAAUGACCUUUACGUACUCAGAACACAAUUCAACUACCUCCUUGAGGCUGUCGCCCACAGCAAUGGCACUAAUAACCGGUCUUCAAUGGGAGGUGUUCCACACAACGUCAAUGAUUACUUGAGAAACCUAAGUGGUAUUGGUCCGGGACAAGAUACCAUCCACUUGCCUAGUAUCUUCACAUAUCUGCCAUACCUUGUGGGUCGCCCUGAGCGCAUGCGGCCAGCAUUUCGUCUCACAAAUGGGAGACAUGGUGUUUCCAUAGUGAUAGGUGUUCCAACAAUCAAACGUGACAAGAUUAGCUACCUCACACAGACAUUACGGUCCCUUGUCAAUGAACUCAACCCAGAGGAGAAAGAUGACUGCCUGAUCAUUGUCUUCGUAGCAGAGCCUUGGGACACAACAUUCGUGGAGAAAGUUGCUGGAGAAAUCCAGGAACAAUUCCCAGAAUAUCUAGACAGUGGGUUGUUGGAAGUCAUUGCUCCACCAUCAGGGUUCUACCCAGAUCUAGAUCAUUUAAAAGAAACUUUUGGUGAUUCCAAGGAAAGAAUCAGAUGGAGAACAAAGCAGAACCUGGACUACUCAUUCCUAAUGCUAUAUGCCAGGAGCAGGGGAGUUUACUAUGUGCAGCUGGAGGAUGAUGUCAUGGCCAAACCAGGGUACCUGUCAAUUAUGAAGUCAUUUGCAUAUCCAAAAACCGACGACUGGCUCCUACUAGAGUUCUCUGCCCUUGGAUUUAUAGGAAAAAUGUUCAAGUCAGCAGACAUCCCACUUGUGGUUGAGUUCUUUCUGAUGUUCUAUGCGGAGAAGCCAAUUGACUGGCUCCUGGACCAUCUUCUGCAGGUCAAGGUGUGCAGCCCUGAAAAGGAUCAUAAACACUGUAACAGAAUGAAGCUUCAAGUGCGACGUAGAUUCAAACCGUCUCUAUUCCAGCAUGUUGGCAUCACAUCAUCUCUCAAGGGGAAAGUGCAGAAACUGAAGGACAAGGACUUUGGCAAGCAAGGUUUAUACCGUGCCCAUGUGAAUCCUGCUGCCACUCUUGCUUCCUCCCUGAAGACCUACCAGAAGUAUACCCUUGUAAAGGCCUACAUAGGUGAAACCUUCUACUGGGCCACAAGUCCCACACAAGGCGAUGUCAUCGACGUCAAGCUCAAUCCUCCAAUCCUACUGGAAAGGUUUCUAUUCCGAACUGGUAACACCGACCAUUCUGAUGACCGAGUCUAUGACGGCACAAUUGAAGUUCUUCCGGAAACUCCUCCAGAAAAACCAGUCCACCUUCCAAAGCUGGACUUCCCUCUCGGGGAAAAGCAUGGCAAAGAAGAAGGUUACUACAUCCUUGGGGUGUUUGAUGAACAUGGAGUUUGUGAAGGAGAUGUCCCAGAAGAUCUGGGGAAGAUAGCAGUAUUACGUAUUCACUUCCAGUCAGACAGUGAUCAUUGGCUUGUUAUUAGUGAGAUUCAUGUGAAGGAAAAGAAACAAGUUUAAUGAGGAUCUUAAAGGCGUGUAACCAAUCACCAUCGUUGCUGUAGAUAUUCAACAUCAUAUCAUGUAAAACACUAUUUCUGGAGGUUCAUUUGAAUUCCAUUCUUAGGGAACCAGCCAUAGUAUUAGUCAAUUCAAGUGUGAUAAUGUUGUUGUUUGGCAAGAAAAAGUCAAUACAAUAGCAAAUGUUGCAAGAAACCAGAGAGAGUUUAACCUGUUCUGAGACGUGUUUGCUAAUAUAUUUGAAGCUUGCCUGUUUCAAAGAUUACAAAGGAUCCACACAUGAUGAAGAUGGUAGGAAGAAAAUAUGUUUCUUGGUUGUAAUUUUUUUGAAUAUUUCAUAAAACAUCUUGGCCUCACUAUAUCAUGAAUAUUAACAUUUUCAAAAUUUGUGAAAUGUGGCAGACAAGUAGGACAACAUUUUAGAACAGGCAAUGAUUGUUUGAUACUAAAGGCAAGUAUUGGUAGAACUGCUAGAAAAUGUAUUCCAGCUUCCAGCUAUUAACUCAGAAUUUUAGUGCUACUUUUACGUGUGUCAGAAAAUUUGGUAUUUCUGAGAUGACCAUGUAUGGCAAAUGUUGGGUUAUGUGAGGUUGAGAUGACCAUGUAUGGCAAAUGUUGGGUUAUGUGAGGUUGAUAAUGGAUGUGAUGGUACAGCUUUACAGAAUCAUAUCUCGAUACAACCCGGCUUAUAUUAGCCGUAUCAUCAUGAAAAAAAAAAAAAUUUCAUUGUGGGCGUUGUGCAAAUCUCAAAUAAUUAAUUCUUGUGUGUCUCAAGUUAUAUCAUUUCACAAUCGUUGCUUAAAAAAUUAUUCAAUAUGAUACUUUUAAUUUAAUAUGCAUUGUAUUAAGUAAUGCAUACUCACAUCACGCCCAUAAAAAGAAAAAUGAUUUAACGUUUAGGUCUGUUGUCCCUUCCUAACACUGUUUUUUAAGAUGGGCCUGUCAUGGAGAUCAAGCGUAUUCAGAAAAUAACGUAUUGUCAGAUGGAAAAAAUGGUUCCUGAGCAUCUUGAUAACUUCGGGGUCGGUGGGGUAGCCUAAUGGUUAAAGCGUUGGCUCGUCACACCGAAGACCCGGGUUCGAAUCCCCACAUGGGCACAAUGUGUGAAGCCCAUUUCUGGUGUCCCCCGCCGUGAUGUUGCUGGAAUAUUGCUAAAAGCGGCGUAAAAUCAAACUCAGUCAGUCAGUCAGUGAUAACUUCGACAUGAAGAUCAUAUCUGUGUUGUAGGGUUACAAGUUGUCCUGAAUUCAUUUUACUGAACAAUUGCAAGCCAGUUUUGAGAAUGAAACAUACUCCUGUGGGACAUUAGAGUGCUUUUGGAUAUCUACAUCAGUUCCACAGAAAUGCUGUACAGUGAUGGAUAGGACAGGUUGAGUUUCAUGGUGCUUUUGUUGAAGUCAUUUGUCCUGUUUUUACUUUGUAAAUACUUUGUUUGUGUUGAGAGUUGAUAUUGCAGAGAGUAUUACCCUGUAAUCAGAAAAUGUGUAAACACAUUACUGAGACAACUUUCUUACAAUAUAUAUACAACAUAUUUUCCUGUCUUGAGGAACAUGAUUUGUUAUCUGUUUUAAGCGGUUUUCAUUAACUUUACCCCUAACAUAUUUUUAGAGAAUUUAAGUUGCCAUAUUAUACUUUAUUUAUAGAUAGAUUAAUUCAUAAGUAUAUUUUAGACAUUUGCUUGUAAAACUUGUGUUAAUGAUUCCUUGCUGAUUGUUUUAGUUCAGGUGACUGACUUUACACCAAGUCCUGGAUCAUAUUUGUUUAGUCAUUUAAGUCAGGUUAUUGUGCCUGCUUCCUGUUGAAAUUGUUAUUUAAUUCACUUCAAUCUAGUCAGUAUGAAUGGAAGAGUAUUGACAUAGUCAUUUCAUCAAUUUACGUAUGCGAGGAAAACCACCUCUCCUAUGGAAUGUGAAAGAUAAAUGUUUUAACCUCUGCUCUUUGUUUCUUUGCUCAGUCUGUUUUGGCAUGCAUACACAACAUGGGAUCAGAGAAAUCUGUUCAUUUUCAAGGCCUCAGUCUGAUCUUAGAGCUACGCUGCCAUAGCUCCUACAGGGUUGGUGUAGGGUAGCCAAGUGGCUAAGGUGCUGGCUUGCUUGUUACACCAAAGACCUGGGUUGGAUUCCCCACAUGUUUGAAAAUUGUUCAGCAGUUUUGCUGCACACAAGACCAGUGUCAAAAUUUUCAAAAAUUUCUGUGCCCACCAGUAGUCACUUUAUUUUAACUCUGACCAGUAGAGGUAGGUGAUAUUAUUUAUAGACUCACACAUAGUCAAAGUCAGUUUGUUAUUUAAUAUGUUAUAAUGAUGGAUUAUUGGACACCUCCAUGUGCCACUAUAGAAAGAUUUGUAUAGUAUUGAGCUAAGAUGAUAUGGUGUUAUGAUGAAAGAGACUUGCCAUUUGUAAUAGAUUGUUAAGUGAAAGAGAAACCAAAAAUGGUUUUGUGUGAAUGAAUAAUCAUUUUAAUCAUCUAUGCACGAUGGGAACUAGCAUUUUUUACACAUUGUUAAAGAACUGGAACAAGAUGGAUGAGUUCCAAAAUAGAUAUAUUUUUAGAAUGGGAUGACUUGUAGUCUGUUAAUCAUGUUUAUACAUCUCUUAUCUUAUACAUGUCCUUAGUUUAAUUAUUAAAGACAGAUGAUCCAUUGUCACAUGUAAAUAUACUUAAGUGUUGUAUUUUUGAUGCAUGUUGUAUUGUAAAUAAUAGCAAUGCGUUUAUGGUACAGUAGAACCAGGGUAGGGGCGGUGGGGUAGCCUAGUGGUUAAAGCGUUCGCUCGUCACGCAGAAGACCUGGGCUCGAUUCCCCACAUGGGUACAAUGUGUGAAGCCUAUUUCUGCUGUCCCCUGCCGUGAUAUUGCUGGAAUAUUGCUAAAAGCGGCGUAAAACCAUACUUGCUGACUCACUCACUCACUAGAACCAGGGUAAUCAGGGCGCUUUGGAAUACAGGGGAGACAACUUCCCCUUGAAUAUGAUACUAGUCACGACUUUUGACAAAGCAUUCAUUAUUCUGGUCUGCAAGAUUCUGUUACAAAUUUGAAAAGGUUAGGUUUUAGACUGAAAUUGUGAUAACUUGCUAGUGUUUUACUGUCCUUUGGGACAGAUAUUUCUUAUAGGUAAACCCUCGUCACGAUAUGGCUGAAAUAUUGCUGAUGUGACGGUAAUUUUAACUCACUCACUCACUGACAUGACACAGAACAUGCUAUACUGAUGAAAUGGUCCAUGAUUUUGGGUUUUCUGCACUCAUAUACCUUGUCAUCAUCCAAGUAGUAUUUUAAGGAUGUUAACUUGUUAUGCUUAUCAAGUUAUGAUAGGAGUGUCUGUGGUCAGUUAUGUUUAUCAAGAUCAGUAGACGAUGAGAUUGAUUGUGUCCAAUUUGUACUUUAGCAAGUCCUUUGUCAUGUGAUCACAAAAUGGAGUUGAACUCCAUUAUGGUGAGACGAUGUUAAAAAUAUAAAUGAUAGUAGAUGGACAACUACUUUUAAAUAUAGUCUCAACUGAAGCAUUCAACUGCAAACAAUCACUGGUUUAUCGGUUUCUUGAACUAUGCCCAGACGAACUAACAAGGAUCCAUAGAACUCUCCUCGUUGUCCACUGUGUACUAACAAACGACAUGAAUUUCUCCAACAAUUCACAAAUGCAUUUCAUACAGUUAGUAGUAAGUUAGCUUUGUUUCCAUACUAAGUGUUGUUUGAUGUUGAGCGUAUAUUUUGGGGUAACAGUUGUCCAGCUGUCCUGACAUAGUGCCAAACAGGUGCUUGACCUUGGUGUUCUUGCAUGAAGUCAAAGAUUGUUCCUUUACUGGUAUUUGUUUACAUAUCAGUUCUUCUUUUAAAGGAGAAAUGGAAUUUGGUUAAAAAAUAUUAUGUUGACAUUUUAUAAAGCUAUUUUCAAGUUUGUCCUCUCUUUGUGGUGUAUAUAAAUAAUUUAUAUAAUUACUACAUAUACUGUGGGAAAUAAAUAAGGGAACACCACUUCAUGGCAGUGUUCCUUCGUUUAUUCUCAGAUUUCUUCCCACAGCACUAUUCAAAGCUGGUGAUGACAACUUGACAAUAUUAAAGGAAUGCUUGAAUUUUCCUGUGUUCCUUUAUUUGUUUCUCUCAGUAUAUGUUCAUUUCUUUGUAAGUGUUUGAAAUGUUUAUGAAUUUGGCUUUAGUUUAUUUGUGUAAUAUGUUGACUGAUGAUUGUCAAAAGGGUACAUGAAAAACAGUUUUGAUCUUUUCCUUUUUUGUGUGUUACUUUCAUAUAUGUUAUUUCAGAAACAUAUACAGCUUAUAUGGUAUUGUUACCACUCAUAAUCAAAUCUGUACUGUUGUGUUCUGUUGUUACAUUGGAUGAUUUAGAAUCAGUAUUCAUGUAAAUCUGUGAAGACGAUACAUCGAAAUGAUCAAAAAACAAAACUGUAUAUACAGUGUUUCAUGCUUUCUUCUCUGUGAACAAUGGCACUUUAUGUACAUAAUUUAGUUAGCUCCUUGCAGACCAAUACAUGUCUUUCCAACAGUGACUAGUGCCAGUGUAGAUUAUUCAGAGAAUAACUUGUGAGCACGUUGAAAUUAUGGAUUACUGCAAAUUAAUUUUGUAAGACAACUUUCAACAUUAUGUAAUGAGGGACAGAUUAUUCCUCAUUGUUCAUGUGUUAUUCUUUAUUUUGUUCAUUUCUGUGUUUGAGAAAGUGUAAAAACUUCGAUUUCCCUGUAACUAUAAGUUGAGACAGCAGCACAUGUACUCUAUUGUUGGAUCAACAUCACACUAAAUUCACAUGAAAAAUAUUAUCUUAAAUUAUUUGUGUCAUUGCAUGUAUAUGUUUCAGUGGCCCUAAACAUUUAUACCUCCACAGAUGCAAAACUUUGAGUCUUAUUCUUAUAAAUAAAUAUGUCAGCAAUAAAAAGUUCUCAGUGCUUGCUUAUAUCAUUGAUGCACAAAAAUAUUGACAAUACAAAAUCAGGAGAUCAGUCAGCACAAAAACCAGUUCAUUUUAUUAUCACCCAAUCAGGAAGAGAAGAUCCCUUAGUGGAAGUGACUUAAUUAAUUAUUUGUUUAUGGAAAUAAAUACUGUGUUUGUCAAUCUCAGUUGCAAUGUAUUUUUGUUGCAAUAUACAUUAAAACCUCCUAAAAUUUAGCUCAAGCAACAUUUGUUAUGAUUAUAGUAUUGCUACGGUAUUAGUGGUCAACAGAAAUCCAUAGAAGUGACAGGGUGAUAUUCAUAGUUACUGACCGGUUUCAAGGGGUUAUAUGGUGUGAGAUACCUGGUGAUGUGCCCCGAGCUGGUAGUCUGGUAGUGUAAACACAGAGUGCAUCACACCCAUUGGGACAGUUUGUGAAUCUUAUCACAGAUAUCUGAAAAGCUAGCAGACAACAGAAACACAUCCAGAGUUAUCACCCUUUCAUUAUAUUUGGAUAUACUCGAUAACUUGCAAAUAAUAUAACCUGAUCGUUGUGUUCACAUUUGUGAGAAGUUCAGCCCUCCCAGCAUGGUAUUUAUAUUUUGCUUUAUCUGUUAGAGUGGUACAUAGACAUGAAAUUCAGUAACCAAUCAGAAACGAGUAUAUAAAUACAUUUAAAAUUCACACCACUGGGGUGUGUUAUAAUAUCCAUUGUUUCAGUAAUGUCUUCCUGGUACCUUCCCAGUAUAUGUACAUGCAUAGUUUGGAAUUUGAAUGAAGAUUAAAGGGAAGUUGGUUGGGGGCACUAAGAGCUUAUCAGAGCAAUGUGUUUAUACAGUACAGUAUUGCAUGUGUUUAGUGUUCUUCGUGGACAUUCUGUAUAGACUGUUAUCGUAGUGACAUGGGACAGUGUAAAAUGUAUGGAUAAUUUAUAGCAGAAUAAGGCAUUCCUAAAUUGGUAAUUGCUCAGAUACAUGUAUACUUUGUGCAGAAUAUUUAAAAUUUGCUUUGACCUGUAAAGCACUUCACAUACAGCAGGUAAAUGCUAGACCUAUUAUAUUGAUAGCAGACAGGUAUGAUAAAGGCUCUUUUGUCUCUCAAAUCUUCCUGAUAUCAUGGUUUUGACAUAUAACCAUGCAAAAUGUGUAUCUAUGGCUCAAAGGUGCCAAAAGACUGAUUUUUUUUAUAACCUUCACGAACCAAUUUUAUGACUGAUUAAAAGUUAAAAGAUAGUUAUUAAUACAAUACAAACUUUGAAUCAAGCUUUUCACGGAUAUAUUUCACCUUGAACUAAAAAACAUAAUUUAUUGCUCAUUAUAGCAAAUCUUUUGCUUUUGAAAGUACCUGAAGCAAAAUUCUGCAUUUUUA